GUGUUUCGAGCUCGCGGCAGGAGGACGGCAGCAGUUAUCAUCAAGUGCUUCGUGAGACGCGUCUCUUUCCCGAGCGAGUUCGGCGAUCCCUGAUAGCGCCAGUUGUGUCGCAGUUCUCGUCGCGGUUCACGAGUUGAUAACGCGAAUUGUGGACCCUCCCCCUCCCAGCGGUGAAGAGGAGUAGCGCCUGUUAUUAGUCUAGCUCGGAGAAAGUCGGUCGACUGCGUCGUGUAUAGCUGCCGGAGGGUUCUGUAGAGAGAAUUCGGGAUUUGCACGUUCUUCGCCGCCCAAGAUGCCUGCCAUCCGCAACCCGGAGAUUAAGUUUACCAAGAUCUUCAUCAACAACACCUUCGUCAACUCCAAGUCCGGCAAGACUUUCCCGACAUACAACCCGGCAACCGAAGAAAAAAUUGCCGAUGUCCAGGAGGGCUUCAAGGAGGACAUUGACGAAGCCGUGAAAGCCGCCAGAGCAGCUUUUAAGCGCGGCUCGCCAUGGCGUACCAUGAACGCUUCCAAGCGUGGACAACUACUAAACAAGCUGGCGGAUCUUCUGGAAAAGAACAUUGACUACUUGGCGAGUCUUGAGAGUUUGGAUAACGGAAAGCCUUUUGAGUCCUCGGUGGGGGACAUCAAGUUCAGCGUGGCGAGCAUCCGCUACUGUGCGGGCUUUAGUGACAAGGUGCACGGAAAGACAAUUCCCAUGGAUGGCAGCACAUUCGCAUACACCAGACGAGAACCUCUUGGCGUCAUUGGUCAAAUCAUUCCGUGGAACGUCCCCAUCGUGAUGCUCUGCUGGAAGAUCGCUCCAGCCCUCUCCAUGGGCAACACUGUGGUGCUCAAGCCUGCCGAGCAGACACCUCUGACUGCGCUCUUCGUGGCCAGUCUCGUCGUCGAGGCAGGCUUCCCGCCUGGGGUCGUCAACAUUGUGCCAGGUUACGGAGAGACUGCGGGAGCCGCACUUUCUGGGCACCCGGACGUCAACAAGAUUGCCUUCACCGGGUCUGUCGAUGUAGGAAAGCUGAUGCUCAAAGCUUCCGGUGACUCAAACUGCAAACGUGUGUCCCUGGAGCUAGGCGGGAAAAGUCCACUCAUCAUCUUCCGCGAUGCUGAUCUGGACCUGGCGGUGCAGUUGGCCCACCACUGCCUUUUCUACAACCAGGGCCAAAUCUGCUGCGGUCCCACUCGCACCUUCGUCCAUGAGGACAUCUACGAUGCCUUCGUGGCCAAGUCUGUGGAACUGGCCCAGAAGAGGAUUCUCGGAGACCCGUUCGACGAGAAGACCAUGCAGGGCCCGCAGGUGUCCAAGGAACAAAUGGAACAAGUCUUGAAGUACAUCGAGUGCGGCAAAUGCGACGGCGCUAAGCUACAGUACGGUGGUAAGCGCCUGCCGAGAAAGGGCUAUUUCAUUGAGCCCACCGUGUUCUCGGACGUCGAAGACCACAUGACCAUCGCCAAGGAAGAGAUCUUCGGCCCCGUUCAGAACCUCUUCAAGUUCAAGACCACCGAGGAAGUCAUCGAGAGAGCAAACAACACGACGUACGGUCUCGCUGCUGGUCUCAUCACCAAGGACGUGGACACCGCCCUCGUCGUAUCUCAGGCCCUGGAGGCUGGGACCGUGUGGGUGAACACGUUCAUGGAAUGGAGCCCCCAGACGCCCUUCAGCGGUUACAAGAUGUCCGGCAUCGCCCGGGAAAUGGGCAAAGACGGAAUUCUAGAAUACACCGAAGUCAAAACGGUCGUCACCAAGAUGUCGGAGAAAAACUCGUAAGAGGACUCCGUGGAACGUCUCUGUGCUGUGUUUCUGCAAUUGAGGCUAAAGCACCAAAUAUAUCCAAGGGAUCUAUAAACUCGAUUUUGCUUUUAUUAUAAUUUUACGGUUGAUUUAGAAGCUUCCUUGGGACGGUCACCUUUCUGCGAGAAUAUUUGAAGGUCCGAAUUACUUCCACUUCGAUAAAUGUCCAUCCAUAAAGGCCUUAGCGGCGGUGAAUGUCGUCGAUGUAUGCGGGAUAAAUAAAAUGGUUUAAUAUAUGCAC